AAAGUAUUGCUGUGGCAGAGCGUCAUGUCGGAGGAGCUCUGCUGAGGCGUGCAGCUCCAGCUUCCUCAGCACAGGAAUUAAAGCUCAUUACCUGCAGAGGCCAGAGAAGCAGAUUACCUCCAGGACAUGGACCCAGUAUGGACCACCACCGUCCUCCUGGUGCCACUUGUGGUCGUGCUGACGGCAGGAUUUUUCUACCUCUACGGUGUGAUUGUCGGGCUGUUGUCCAAAACAUCUGUACGCAACAAAGUGGUGGUGAUAACUGAUGCUUUAUCUGGGCUUGGAAAAGAAUGUGCAGGCGUGUUUCACAAAGGAGGAGCGAGGCUGAUCCUCUGUGGGAAAAGUUGGGAGAAACUGGAGGAACUUCUGGAUGAUUUGGCAAAUGCAUCUGAUCCCACAGCGACGUUUCCUCCAAAGCUGGUGCUGCUGGAUUUUGGAGACAUGGACAGCAUGCCUGAGGCCAUCGCAGAGAUCCUCGAGUGUUACGGCUGCCUGGAUAUUCUCAUCUUCAACAGCAGCAUGAAGGUCAAAGCUCCUGCACAGAGUCUGUCUCUGGAGAUGGACAAGUUACUCAUGGACAACAACUACUUUGGGCCCGUCACACUGGCUAAAGGUGUGCUGCCCUCCAUGAUCUCCAGGAGAGGUGGUCACCUGCUGCUGGUUAACAGCAUCCAAGGGAAAAUAGCCGUGCCUUUUCGAACUGCAUAUGCAGCCUCUAAACAUGCAGUUCAGGCCUUCUUUGACUGCUUGAGAGCUGAAGUGGAGGAAUACGGCAUCUCCGUCAGCACCAUCAACCACACCUUCAUCAGCCGCUCAGCGUCUGAAGCUGCAGAGUCCUCCAGGUCCAUCUGGUCACUGCUGUACACCAAGAAGCCCCUUGGUGUUUCUCCAGACGAGGCCGCCGCUGAGAUCGUGAAGACUUUGAACAACAAGAGGAAAGAAGUGGUAAUUGCUCCGUCGCUCCCCAAGGCGGCCAUUUACGCCAGAUCCUUCUUCCCCAACGUGUUCUUCGCCGUGAUGGCUGCAGGAGUGAACAACGCCGCCGCUGCUGAGAAGAUGUAGAGAUGCUGCCUCACGCUGUGAUGAUGUUUAUAUCUGAGGUCUAAUCAGUUCAUUGGUUAUCUGUUGGUUUUGCAAAAGGCUGGAUUAAGUGCAGGGUAAAGGUAGACUAAUUCAUUGCUCAUUUGUUGUCAGUUGGUGGCAAAUCCAGCUCAGUUUUCUUUUCUGGUUCUAAAACCUGAAUUAUUUCUGUUGCAAAGUCAUGUUUUAUCAUUUUUAUUCCAAUCCACCAAUUAGUAGCACACACAUUCACAAUAUUCCAUCAAGCACUGGAAGGAACCAGCAAUGAUGUCGCUAAUAAUCUAUGGAUUCUUCAGUGUAGAAAAUAUCAGAUAGCUGUCCAAAAUAAAUUUGUUUUUAUUGAGCUAAUCAGAAGAAAAACAACUGAUUUUUACUUAAAAAAAACUACUCUUUAAUUAUCAGGUCAUUUAAAGAAGACAUGUUGAUGUCUGUAGUCGUGUGGUUUUGUCUCAUUGACUCAUUGUCUUCAACUGAAACUUAGUAAACAGGUUUGUGUUAAAAGAAAAACAGAAUCCUGAGAUUCAAAGACUCAUCAUCUAUCGUUCUUCUGCAGCUUCCCCAUCAGAGAGAUUUUAUAGUUACAUAUAUUUUACAGUUUAACAUGUAACGAUGGCGCAGUAUUUUCAUAAAAAGGUGAAUUAUAAAGCAAAUGUUGCAUCUGUUCUUGUAUUUGUGGUUUUGAUUACGUUGAGGAUACAAAUAAAAGUAGUGUUGUGAAUCUCAAAAA